GACUGGCUCAUCACAUCUGUAAUCUCCUAAUAGAAACUGUGGCUCUGUACUUGGAGGCGGAUGAUAAAAGCAGCACCAAGACAGCAAGUGCAGUGCUUCUGUCCUUGCUUGACAUUUUGCACUGCAUGCUGAUGUAUACAGCAAACAUUGUGCGCCAGACUUUACAGGCACAGAAAUCUGGCACAGGAGGGGACACGCAGGCUGCUGAAGACCUUCUGCUUAUCAAUAAACCCCUGUCGGACCUAAUUAGCCUGCUUAUUCAACUGCUUCCCAGUGAAGAUACUGAAAUAUUUGAGAGUGCCUCACAGUGCUUAUCAUUGCUGGUUCAGCUGUAUGGAGGGAACAGUCAGGAGAGUAUGUCUCCAGAAAACAUGGACAGCUUUGCUGAAGUACUGAAGUCCAAAAAAGAUACACGACAAUUGAAGCUUUUGUUGAGAAUUAUAAAAAGACUG